GAAGCUGAACAGUCUACUGAGGUGAGUCUGAGACGUGUCUGUGCUGGCAGCUACUGCACUUGGGAACGAUUCUUCUUCAAAUUUUGAAAUGCUUGGAACAAUCUCUGGCAGCUACUGACUUUGAUUGGUUUUUCUAGUAGCGUUAUAGUUAGUGUCCCUUUAAAGAGAGAUUACAGCAGUGCAAAGUAUAUCUUCGGUCCAAACCCACCAUUAAGUAGAAUUAAUGCAGUCACCUUUUAGUACCUGUUCUUGAUUUGGUUGGUCGGACAUUGUUAUCACCAAACGAACCCCUUAUGAUCUGAGAAUGAUUCUUCAAGCUGCGAAAGCUAUCUGCAUCUUCCUCGCAUUCUAUUAUUUUAUGGCCCUCCACUCUCUCCAGCUUCCGUCUAUCAUCAUGGCCACCCUCCCCCUUUGCCUCAUGAAAACGAUUCCCACCGCUUCUUCUUCUUCUUCUCCUUGUCGUUGAAGUUUCGUCUUUACUGCUUUCUCUUUAACAUUCGUCUCCUUACCAUAGCCGUUUCAGAUCACAGACGCUGCCUGCGAUCCAUGGCCGAAGAAACUGAGCCUAUCUCGGAUGUCAAUUCCGCCAGCCACCUGUUGUCUCAAGCACGGCAGCUCGUCCCUACCGCCGUCGACAAGGCCCGGGCUGCCGCAGGCUUCCCGGCAAGAUGGAAAUACAUAAUCUCCAAACUAGAGCGCGUCUCGCCGUGCCUCUCCGACUUCUCAAUCCACCCCUGCUUCGCCAAGAACGCACUCUGUAAAGAACUGCUGCUGUCCGUGACGAACACCCUCGUGGAAGCCAUCGAGCUCGCCGGCCGCUGCUGCCCCGCGGAGCCGCUUUGCUUGGGCAAGCUCCAGAUGCAGAGCGACCUCGACGCCUUGUCGGGUGAGCUCGACCUCGUUCUGAAUGACUGUGCGUUGCUGGUGAAGACCGGGGUCCUCGGCGAUGCCGCCAUGUCCCCGAUUCUCGCCAACUCGCAGAACGCGACGCCGAUGCACGACAGCGUACACGAAUUACUAGCCCGCUUGCAGAUUGGUCAUGCCGAGGCCAAGCACCGGGCUGUGGACAGACUUCUUGAGGUGAUGAUGGAGGGCGAGAAGGGUGUGCUUGCUGCCUUCGGCCGGAGCAGUAUCGGCGCUCUGAUACGAUUGCUCAGUGCAACCUCCUCGAAGACCAGAGAGAAGACAGCUACAAUGAUUUGCUUGCUCACGGAGUCAGGGAGCUGCGAGAAGCUAUUGGUUUCGGAAGGAGUGCUCCCACCUCUAAUCAGGCUGGCAGAGUCCGGAAGCCUGUUCUGUAGAGAGAAGUCAGUCGUAUCGCUCCAGAGACUAUCCAUGGCCGCCGACACCGCCCGCUCAAUAGUCGGCCACGGAGGUGUACCGGUGCUGAUCGAGAUAUGCCAAACAGGAGACUCGAUUUGCCAAUCAGCGGCCGCAGGGACGCUGAAGAAUCUUUCUGCAGUGCCCGAAGUCAGGCAAACACUGGUGGAGGAGGGCCUCAUUCGAGUCAUGAUCGAUCUCCUCGAUUCUGGAAUCGUUCUCGGCUCCAAAGAGCAUGCCGCAGAGUGCUUGCAGCAUCUCACCGCCAGCAACGACAGCCUGCGGAGGUCAGUAGUCUCCGAGGGGGGAGUGCGCAGCCUCCUGUCUUACCUUGAUGGGCCAUUCCCGCAGGAAUCAGCGGUUGGCGCGUUGAGGAACCUGAUGGGGUCGGUGGCGGCCGACAGCCUCGUUUCGCUGGGCGUCCUCCCUCGCUUGGUCCAUGUACUCAAGGACGGAUCGCUCGGCGCGCAGCAGGCAGCAGCAUCCAUCAUCUGCAGGCUAUCAAACUCAUCCGAGAUGAAGAAGGUAAUCGGCGAGUUCGGUUGUGUGGCCUUGCUCGCGAGGAUGCUUGACGCCAAGACGAACAAGGCCAGAGAGGCCGCUGCGCAGGCCAUUGCGGGCUUAAUGAGCUGUCCUCAGAACAGCAGGGAGCUUAAGAAGGACGAGAAGAGCGUGGCCGAUCUGGUUCGCCUGCUCGAUUCGAAUCCUCACAACACAGCCAAGAAGUAUGCAGUGUCCUGCCUGCUGUCGCUGUCGUCGAGCAAGAGGUGCAAGAAGCUGAUGAACUCCUGCGGCGCCGUUGGGUGCCUCAAGAAGCUUGCCGACAUGGAUGUGACUGGUGCCAAGAAGCUGCUUGAAAGAUUAGAGAAGGGGAAAUUGAAGAACUUGUUCAUCAGAAGAUAGACAUGUUUGCUGAUCUUGUAUAGGAUGCUGCUGUUUCACCGGCUCCCGGAAUCAGAGAGAGCUGAGGCUAUCAAGUAAACGUAGCGCUUGUUUAUCUCCUAAGCUGUAUGUACUAGUGGUGUGUUUGUUCUGGUUCUGAUAGUUUAAUCCAUACUGAGUCGUUUCAGUCUAAAUGAAUUAUCUUGAUGAACUUCCACUGUAAAUUUCAUUGCUAUUCUGACCAGCUUUCCUCUCUUUACUGCA